AUGGCAGCCCGCAGGCUGUGCCUGCUACUGCCAGCCAUCGUGCUGGGCUCUCUAGUGCAACUCUGUGCAGCCGCCUCUUUGGGCGACACAUCAGCAUCCAACACAGCUUCCUCUACUUGGGCAUCUGGCGAUGCCUCCCCUCUCAUCGCCAACCCCGCCAGCGUUUGGUUUGCCGCCCCCGGCCCCGCUCCUGACGCUUGGGCCAAGCCGGGUGCGGCUCCCAAGCAGGCAAACACCCCCGAGACCGCAGCAAAGUCCCAAGCAGAAGCAUCAAAGCUUGGCCUGCGCAGAGCCCCCUCAAAUGCCACCGCGCCAACAGGUGCGGCCGUCGAGGCCGCAGCGACCCCUGGCGCGUGGCAGAAAACAGCAGAGACGCCGCAGGAGACCGUGGCAUGGGCCCAGGAACCCUCCGCCGCUGCCCCUUGGGCCUCGAAACCCUCCGCCGCCGCCCCCUGGAGCGCUAAGACCGAGGGGCUCUCCCCCACCAAGGCCGCUGCCGCCGCCAUCGGCCUCGUCCCCGGUGGAUCCCAGAACGUCGCUUCCGAAGUCGCUCCUGCCUCUCCAGGUGAAUGUCAAUCCCAGUUCAAUGAGAAGGAAAACCAGCGCAACGGCGAAGGCGACAGGAGGCGCCCCGGGCCCAAUUGCAUUGCCUGCGUCCCCUCCCGCAUCUGCUUGGCGCUCAAAUUUGUCAUUUGCUGCCAUUUUCAAGUCAGCAUUCUCCUGAAGAAAAAGUCCCCUCACAUAAUCACCCUUGCAUCCCCAUGUGCUUUGAAGGCAUCUCAGGAGACGGCUACAGAAAAGUGGGCUGUCCCCAAAAAUGCCUCUUCAUGGGAGCCUGCCGCCACAAAGUGGGCUCCAGGCAACGCCACAGAAUGGGCUCCUGCUCCUUCUAAAUGGGCACCAGAGAAUGCCACCUCAUGGGCCCCUGCAGCUUCCAAGUGGGCGCCAAAGGCCAAGCCGCCGGCACCUGCACGGAAGCAGCCCGGCGCCUACGUCAAAGCCCCCGGCGGACGCGAAGCUCAGCCGUCCGACUACGUCCCAGAAUCUAUCAGGGACAUCAAGUGGAACAAUGGAGGCUCGCCAGGGAACGCCUCUGCGAAGGUGUACCCGACGCAGGCCGACCCGCAGCGGCAGCGGCCGCAACUGUCCGGCGCCGAACCAACCUCCGCCGCCUAUUCAGGCACUGGGGUUGUUGACUCGCGCUCGCACUCCCUGGACCCCACCCGCGUCGCCUCCGACGGCCGCAACAACGGCGCAGCCCUGCAAGCCUCUAACAAGCCAGCAGCAACUUCUGGCACCCAUACUCUGGACGCCACUCGCAUGGCGAGCAAUGACUUCAUUCCAUUCGGCUCCCAGGAGGGAUAUGAGGACGUGGCGUCAAGGGUGAACGGCCAAGUAGUCAUCCCCAGUGACGCAGAGGUGAGGCCAGAGGACGUCCUCCCAACGGUGUCCGGCGAUCUCGGCGGUGACUCAUCUGCUUCCGCCGCCGCCGCGCCGGCCCCGGCCCCGCUCGCGAAUUACACCCUGCCCGCUUUGCUGGCGCCAGAUGUAAACGCCUCGUGGCACCUCGUCGACUCUCCCCCAGGCGCUACCUGCGAGGUGCUGAUGCGGCCCUACAUCCUGCAGCAGGACGGGCACACCAACCCAAAUCUCUGGGGCGCCAUCGAGGCGGAGCGGCCGCCAACUUCUUCCCCCCCGGCCGAUUUCCUGCGCGGCAGCGUCGACCUUCGCAUCUUCAACAACGCCACCGAGGACCUACAGGUGCCAUACACGCUGACGGUGGUGUCGGCCCCCUCAGUCAACUAUGAGAGCGCGAGCAACAUGGAGAUCUUGAGCUCAGGGCCGAAUGGCAUCGGCAACCUUACAGCCACUUCGCCUGACCUCGCAAUCCCAGCUGGCUCCAACAUGAAGGCCAACGUCACCUUUACGGUCAAUGCCACCAACCAGGACUUUUUCCCUCGCCAUGUGCUGCUGAAUGGGCAGCCAUGCCAGCUGCGGAUCGGGCUGAAUCUGAACGUGCCGAUCCCCACAGUGCUGCCCAAUGGCACCCUCAUCGAGGAUGAUGAGCAACCAGUGUCGGUCACCCUCGGCCAAUUCAUCGGCGCCAAGGGGGAGCCCCUCGCCAUAAAGGGCAUCAACUGGUUUGGGUUUGAGACUGCCUCCACGAUGCUGGACGGCCUCUGGCAGGGACCCAGCGCCAUCACACAGAACUUCGACUCUGUCGCCUGGCGCAUCAAACUGAUGGGCUUCAACACCAUCCGCAUCCCCUUCUCCUUCCAGGUGCUGUUCAACAUGGUGCCACGCUCCUACACAGCCGCAUGCACGCCCACCACAGCAGACACUGUCAAGCAGAGCGUCAUCCCACCUGGAGUGACCACGCCUGCAGGAGUCAACCCCCCUGAACUGAUGGCACCCGGGGAUGCGCUGGGCGCGUCGGGAGUGUGCAAUGCUGACCUGCCCAACACCAGCGGCUACGCGCGCUUCCUCUUCGUGCUGCGCUACUUUGCGGCCAACGGCUUCUACAUUCUCAUUGACAACCACCUCUCCUUCGACAACACCGCCGUGUCAAACACUGCACAGUGGCUGAUAUGGUGGAAACAGCUGAUGACGGAUGUUGCAGCGCUGCCGUCCACACGCAACAGAGUCAUGGUCGACAUCAUGAACGAGCCGGACGUGCUGGGCCUGAGAUGGCAGGGAACUACCCCUGACAUGAGCUCGCUGUACCUGGCUGCAAUGGAGGCUAUCUACCCGAUUUCCCCUACGACCCUUUUCUUCAUCGAGGGUGGUGGCCAGCUGCCAUAUGCCAUGUGCUGGGGCGAUGGUUUUGUGACGGACCCCGCCAUAAUUGCAGCCAAUGGGCUGUCGGACCCGAACCCUUUCUUCACCACCCUGCUCUCCAAACCCUACCUCAACAACGUCGUCAUCUCCCCCCACUACUACCCGCCCUCCAUCUCCACGGCGAAGACCAAGGUCUCUGGGGCAGAUCUUUGGGAGAGGAUGCAGAACUCCUUCGGCUACCUGACUUCAGGGCAGGGAUACCAGGGCCAUGUCUUCCCCUUAGUGAUUGGCGAGACGGGCUCCAUGUACCUCACGCAAGCGGACGUGCUGUUUCUGAGCGACAUGGCCAAGUACAUGAAGAACGACCCGGCGGCUGCAGUCUACCCGCACGCCACGCUGAGUCACCUCAUGUGGUGGUCCUGGAACCCAAACUCCGGGGACACCGGCGGCAUUGUGCAGGAUGACUGGCUCACGGUCAUCUGGAACAAGGUGGACUUUCUGAUCAACGCCGUCGGGCUGCAGCCCUGGUAUGCAGCCGUGCUGAAUGGCGGCGCCUUUGACCAGCCGGCCGCCGACAGUCUGCCGGGGCCGGCCGCGCCGGUGCCGACGGUCCCCCCUGUGCCCACAGAGGUGCCAAUCGCAACGGCGCCCCCCGCCGAGACGGUCCCCCCGGUGCAGCCGGCCGCCUCCGACCCGCCAGUGGACGCAAUACCCCCGCCGGAUGCCACCACCCCUCCGGUGACUCAGCAGCCGGAGGCAACCACCCCUCCAGAGACUCAGCAGCCGGAGGCCACCACCCCUCCGGAGACUCAGCAGCCCGACACCGCCGCGCAGCUGCCGUCACAGCGGCAGCAGCCGCAGCAGCAAGAGCCUGCUCAGCAGGAGCCCGCCACAGAGACGAAUGUGCCUGAGACGACCAGCGCAACGCCACCUCCAGAGACCUCCGUGCCACCGCCAUCGCAGACAGAGCCGCCACAGACAACGCCGUCGCAGACGGAGCCGCCGCAGACAACAACGCCGCUGACAACACCGCCGCAGACGGAGCCACCGCAGACGACAACGCCACCGCAGACGACCUCCGCGUCCAGUUCUGGCAGCGGCAGCAGCUGUCUUGUGCGCGCGUCGACCGGAAGUGUUUGGAGCGGCGGCAGCGGCGUUUACAAGGCCAGCCUCGACUUGCACCUGCAAGCGACUGGCGGCAGCAGCGUGGCCGUCCCAUACACCCUCAGGCUUAGCAACCCGGCGUACACCGCCCUGGAAACAUCUUGGACAUGGGAGGGCUCCUUUGCCGGCGGCGGCGCUGCCAGCGGCCAGGUCACUCAGGGAUGGGCGGAGCUUCUUAAGAACAGCGGCAACACAGUAGACGUUGGGGGAAUAGUGGUGGGCUCCAGUCAGAGCCUUCUUCCCACAGAAGCUUCCAUCAACGGAGUGACCUGCGAGCUCAGGACAUGAGCAUGUGAGAACGGAGCAGGAAGGCCGCUGUAAGCGGGCUGGGCUUGCUGCACCGCGCAUGCCUUUUCUUUUUCUCGGAAACUCCUGUUUUGGAAGAUGCUUGGGCGCAUGCAUGCGUCAGCUGUCGCAGCGUGCGACAGAAUUACCCCCGGGCGUUUGCUGCGACGCCCCUCGUGUCCGGCGGGACAUCAGACUGGCUUGGCUUGGCUUGCAUGCAAUCCACUUUGAUUUCCAGUUUCUUUUUAUGGCGACCCUUUAGGUGUCCAG